AAAAUUUUAGGUGCCGCAGGUGUACUUGUUGGACACCCAUUCGAUACAGUAAAAGUUCACUUGCAAACUGAUGACCCAAAGAAUCCAAAAUAUAAAGGAACACUUCAUUGUAUGAAAACAAUUUUACUAGUAGAUAAUAUUCGUGGUCUAUACCGUGGAAUUUCCAGUCCGAUGAUGGGUAUCGGUCUGGUUAACGCGAUAGUAUUUGGAGUUUAUGGCAAUGUACAAAAAUUAUCUGAAAAUCCAAAUUCCUUGAUGACACACUUCAACGCUGGAGUAAUGGCCGGUAUAGCGCAAAGCUUCAUAUGUGCGCCCAUGGAGUUGGCGAAAACACGAUUACAGCUGUCGAAGUAUAUUGAUAACCAACCCAAAUUUAAGGGACCCAUCGAUUGUCUAUUAUACGUUCAAAAAACUGAAGGUAUCCGAGGAACGUUUAAGGGACUUUGGGCCACUAUACUAAGAGAUAUACCAGGCUUUGCCAGUUACUUUGUUUCAUAUGAAUUUUUGAUGCAACUCAAGGAGAAGCCGAGUGUACCGUAUGUGCUAGUAGCAGGGGGCUGUGCUGGCAUGGCAUCCUGGUUAGCCUGUUAUCCCAUUGAUGUCGUCAAAACACAUAUGCAAUCAGAUGCCCUGGGAAAACGAGCUAAAUAUAAUGGGUUCGUGGACUGUGCAAUAAACAAUUAUAAAAAAGAAGGCAUCCCGUUUUUUUUCCGGGGACUAAAUUCAACAUUAGUACGAGCGUUUCCCAUGAAUGCUGCAUGUUUUUUUGUAGUUGCAUGGGUAUUAGAUUUCUGUAAGAAAAAUGGAAUCGACAUGAUCGAAAACCCGAACCAAAACCUAAAUGUUGUUAACUUAGACAACUUGACUCAUGCUUACUUCCAAAACGACUUUGGAAAAGAUGACACACUUGUACGAAAAAUAAUCUCAGAGAAUGCUUCAGAGCAGCAUGAAUCAGCACUUGAAUCAUCUUAUGGGUCAUUUUUAGAUUACUACCAUAAUGACCAAAUAUAUGAAAGUAAAAUACGAAACUCGCAAUUGAAUAUUAGCAAUACUACAAAUCAAUCAUAAUUAAAAUUAUAUACAUAUUUAAAAAUGAAUCGAAUGC